ACCCCUUUUGAUAAUUCUAUCGUUGCAGUUUCUCACGUCCGAAUGAGUAAGAGAAUCGUUCGAGAAAGACUGCCCUUUAGAAUUACACCCAUUAACUGACCCGGGGUCAUUUCCAGAAUUCAAGGGAAACACCAACUCAGCAGGAUAAAUAAAAUUUUCCAUUCUAUCUCCCAAGUUUAUGAUCUCACGCAAAUGUUUCCUGACUUUUUUGGAAUUUUUCAGUUUAUUACAUUGGUCAUCAAAACAUAGUGCCUCGCGAAUUCCUUUCACACCUCUAACGACGUGCAUGGGGCUUUCAACAGCGUUUCCAAUAAAGCCUUUAUUAAUUUCCCUGGAUCCCACAUAUGAACCAAAGGAAUUAUUAAUUAAAACAUUCCUUGGUGGGUCUAACUCUGCCUUCGAAAAAAAAUCCUAGCUCCAACUUUGGGCUUGUUAAAAUGUUGGCCCUCUAAAAAUUAUUCAUUUGGCCCAAAACCGGUAGGCCCCACCAGACUAAUAUCCUUGUUGGUAGAAGAUUUGACCUCCUCCUCAAUGUUUAUCAUCCUCGCCGCUGCUAUAGGAACAAAAUUCUCUUUCUCAAUAAAUGCUUUGCUUGUCGUACCCUCCACCCUAGAAAAACUUUCACUGGAAAUGCUUUCUAAUCUACUCUGCACAUCCCUUUCUGGCGCAAGGACUUCACUUUAUCACCUAAAAACACGGUGUCUUCCUCAACCAUCUUUCCUCCCUGUGAUUGUGAAGACUGUCUGUCCGCGCCUCUGACACACCUCGAAGCUACCAAACCCUUUUCACCCAAACACACGCUAGUUGUGGCAUCCUCAGCUUCAUCCAUCAUCUCUCUCUCCGUCGUCGAUUCAGAUUCUGCCGUCUCCUCCGAAGAAAAUACCGAUCCCGACAAAGAAUCAUCCAUGUUGCUCACCCGUACCGACGCUUCCUCCUUCACCAAGAUGUAGAACCACUCCCCGUCUAUCGAAACGAGAAUCUUCCUAUUUAUAGUUUCCAGCGGGUCAGUGAAAAGCUUCAAGCACGUGACGUCCAACCUAACUUAUUUUCCUUCCAGAGCUUCUCCAUUAGCCACCAUCCCAAUGUCAGAUAAGAGAAGGUCACAAAACCUUUUGUUCCUAACAAAACAAGGACUAUUGUAUAUAGAUACCCACACAGAUCUAAAACAUUCCACAUCCUUCUUCGACCAACUCCGAACCUCUUUGAACCAACAACUCUUCCACUCCCCUAUGUCCCUAAGCAACCGCUCCAGACCCCCUUCGACAUUCUCUUCCAACAAGCAAAGGUUUGGCCCCAAGGGAGUUGCCACCACAGAAAAGAUGCCCUCCUCCAACAAACUCUUGCUCACGCCAAAUGCCAAUCCAGGUGCUUUCGUAAUCCCCACCAUUGCGUUGCGGUAACGAUCUUGUUCUUCUGCAUUAGAACUGAAGAAAAAAGAUUUAUUAAUGUCCUCUUUUAUGCUGACUUCCCCUGUAUUUGUGACUGACUGAUUGUUCUUCGUUAAUCCUUCCCCUUGCUUGUUUGUGAUCUUUUUAGAGACAUUGAGCUUCAAAGAAUCCGCAUAAGAUAAAGGUUGGUGCUUAGCAUCUCUUUUAACGCCACCCCCUGAACCCAUGUCUUUCCUCAAAACUCCCUUAGGAUUAUCUCUGUGAACGCCUAAUGAAACGUCCCUGAAUAAAACCUGAUUCUCCGGUAGUAAUCUUUUUCUCUGCUCUGUCCUUUUGAACUUAGACACAUUAGCCUUCAUCUUCCUGCCUUCAAGUUAAGCCACAGGUUAUCCAGUUUGGUCUCCUACAAUCUGACAUCUUCAACGUUAUCGAACCUCGCAAACCCAUACUUUUUGCCUCUCCAAUCUUUCUUUGGUGGUAUAACAAUUUCAUCCAGCAAGCCCAGUUAUUUGAAUUCGAAAAAAAGAUCUCUAGCUCUCCAUUUGUGAUCAAAAUCCGUUAUAAAAAACGAAGUAAUUUCGCCUAUGUCUCCCUCUAUGGUAUUCUUCAAAAUAUCCCAUUUGCUAUUUGCUAAAGCAUGUCUCUCCUUUCUUAUCACCUUUUGCCACACACCUCUAUCCCUUGAGCAGCCAUGAAAAACCAGAAAAAAGACAAAAACCUAUCACUGUUUCUCUCACUAACUUUCUCUCUCAUGAAUUCAUCUUUGUUUAGUUAUCCUUUACUUAAUUUAUAAAAACAAAUACAAUAAGAUAUGAAAUACCAUAAACCAAACAAAUUAUUCAUGCAGGACAUUGCACUAUAUUAUCAGUAUUAAGCUACACAAUGUGAAGAAAUUCUAGUAAUAAAAUAAGUUACCGUUUACUUACAAAUCAAUUUUAAUUAACAAACUAAUUUUAACACCAAAGUUGAAACUAUUUUCAUCCUCAUACCUAUUUUAUAAACAAUGGAUUGGUUUUUAAACUAAACCCAUUAAAAUGGAUUCGUUGUUGUAAUUUGAUAACCAUGCACACGUAGGCAAAAAAGAACGUUGCUUUUAAUUUAUUUAGAGGUAGAAUAAUCUUAUUAGGGCAAAAGGUGUAGGAAUGCUAAGGUUCAAGGUCUUGCUCAAACCUAGAGUUACCCCAAUAAAAAAUAGAAUUUACAAUGUUGUAGACUACAAUUACACAAAAUUCUAAAAUAUUAUAUUGAAUAAGUAUACUUAAAUUACUUCGGAAGGAUACCAAAAGUGUUUGUAUCAUUUAAAUGAAAAAAUAAUGGAAAAAUUGUGUUUCGUUGCAUUUUAUACAUUUUCAGCGUCUUAAAUGUCAUUUUGAAUCAUUUUACUGUCUAAGAUAAAAUUUUGGUUUUAGAUCGGUAAAAAUGAUUCGAUGCAAUGCACAAUAUUAAUAGGCAAAAUAAUUCAUGUUUGAUUUUUAACUAACUAUUUUAUGAAUCUACGUUGCGUGUAGGAUGUAUUGGUGCACUCGUUUUAUUUUUUCGACGCUGUUUGCGGUCGUAUUUUUAUCUAUCAGAGUCUAUUUAACCAAGUAUUUUUAAUUGAGUUUUUGAACUUUUCAAUAUUUUUUUAUUAAAUUUUUCGCACGUAGAUUAUGUUUAUAUAUUCAUUUUAUUUUUUAUAUUUUUUUGACCAAACACGCAUUUGACAGUAAUUCGUUUUGGUUUCCUUUAUUUUUUUAUCAAACCUCAUCCUUCUCCCACUAUGCUUUGCAUCAACAAACAAAACAAUCCUCACCCUGCAUAUUUCAAAACCUCACUCUGAAAAAUUAGAAUUUCAAACCACUAUCACAACCCUAAUUUCUAUCCUAUAUAAACCCGCCCUUACACUCUAAAUUUGAGGCACAAUAAAGUUCCUCUACAAACUAUCCAUAAAUCUCUGCUAAAGAAAAACAACAACCUCAUAGCUCAAAUCCUUCUUCAUCAAAAAACCUUCACUUCUCAAUCUCCCUUCAACAACAAGCUCAUAAAAUUACUAUCAAAAGCCUUCACUCUCUUAAACUUUACCCUCAAAAAACAACUGCCAUACCCAUAUUUCUCUUUCAUUUUUCCAGAAAAAAACAACCGCUAUAUUUGAGAUUCUUCCACUUUCCGUCUAGCCAAAAACACAAGCUACUUCUACCGGAUAACCACUAAAACAAUGGCUUUAAAGUGAUGUUUUUAUCACUGUUAUCUAAUUUUCAGGACUGAGUGCUCUACUACUCGAGCAUUUAGUCAGAGCAGGAAUAAAGCGCUAAAUCCUUUGCUUGGGAUAAUCAAGUGACCAACCUGUUGAAAGUUUUGUGGGAUCUUAAACUUCCGCCUAAGAUCAAAGUUUUUGGUUGGAGAUUUUUCAUUGAUCGGCUUCCAACUAGAGAUCAAUUGUUGAAAAGAGGUAUUGCUCUUGCCUCGGGUCCGAAUUGUGUGUUGUGUGACUCCUCUUUUGAAUCCUCAUCCCACCUUUUCUUCAAUUGUCAUAUGGUGAAAGGGGUUUGGAACCACGUUUUCAUUUGGCUUGGUAUAGCGGAGGAGAUCAAUUUGGAAGAUUUGUUUUGUUUCGAAGCUAUUCAAGAGAAGGUGAAGUGUAGCAACCGUAGAAUCAUUAUCAAUUUCGUUUGGGUAGCUACUAUUUGGAGUCUUUGGCUUAUGAGGAACGCCAUGAUUUUUAGGGGCGAGGUGUUUAGUUUUGAGGUGGUGUGUACUAACAUUGUCUUUCUUUCUUGGAGAUGGUUGGAUUGUGGAUAUACUAAGUUUAAAUCAAACUAUUAUGAAUGGUUUAAACUUCCUUUAUCCGACAACUGCAUACCAUAGUGCCUUGUUUUUUUGUAAGGGUUGCACCCCUAGUGCGAUUUUUCAAUCAAUUGCUUAUUAAAAAAAAAACGAAAAAUAUAUUAAAAUAGUAAAAAAAAAAAUCUUGCACCGUUUGAAAAUUUUAGAAAAAUAAUUUUUAAUUUUACUAAUAAAAAAUUAGUAUUGUAGUAAAAAUAAUUUUCCAUGUCCUAAGAAAGAAAAUGAAGAUAUUAUUUUUAUUCUAAUAAUUUUUAAAAUAAAGAAACUAUUUUUACUCAAAGCAAUCUCCUUCAAAUUGAUUUCGUAUAUGAAUUUGAGGACGAGUUGCACAAGUUGAGGUGAAAAGUACAGUAAAAUAACAACCAGCUUAGAGCCAGGUUUAAUUUCUACCUCCACAAAGUAGUUGAAGAGGUUACAGUCGUUGUUUACAUCAACCGUAAUGUAUCUUUCAUUGCAUUGUGUCAUUGCAUUGAUUCCCAAAUCCAACAAUCCUCAAUCUCUAGGGGAAUUUCGUCCCAUUUGUUUGGUGGGUAGUUUAUACAAAAUUAUUGCAAAAAUCCUAGCGACUAGAAUAAAGGAGGUCAUUGGAAGUCUAGUUUCUACCAACCAAACCGCUUUUGUCCCGGGUAGAAACAUGUUGGAUGGUGUUCUUUUGGUCAAUGAAAUAAUUGAUUGGUUGAGAAGGAAGAAAAAAAGUUGUCUCUUGCUUAAGGUCGACUUUGAAAAGGCUUAUGAUUCCGUUUCUUGGAAUUAUCUUAGGGAUACUAUGGUGAGGAUGGGUUUUGGAGUGAGGUGGAUGAAGUGGAUGGAAGCUUGCAUCUUUAGUAACCACAUGUCCGUUUUGGUUAAUGGAAGCGCAACCAAAGAAUUUAAGGUUCACAAGGGCUUAAGACAAGGUGAUCCUUUGUCUCCCUUCCUCUUUGUGCUAGCCAUGGAGGGUUUGACCGCUUUAGUGAAGAAGUCGGUGGUGUUGGGGAAUUUCAAACCUUUUUCGUAUGGGGAGAACGGAAGUGUGGACAUCCUUCAAUUUGCGGAUGAUACUAUUUUGUUAGGCGAAGCGUCUUGUGAUAACAUUUGGAAUAUGAAGGUAAUUUUGAGAGGUUUUGAAUUGGUUUCCGGUUUGAGGAUCAAUUUUGCUAAAAGUAACAUCAUAGGAGUUAAUGUGGGAGAUUGGCUCAUUAACGCCGCAUUGUCUUUCCUUGCUUGCAAGAAAGGAUCCUAUCCUUUCAAAUUUCUCGGUAUAAUGGUGGGGGACAAUCCUAGAAGGAAGAAAGUGUGGUUGGAGGUGGUUAAUAACAUUAGGAGGCGUCUAUCCUCGUGGAAGGGGAGAAAUAUUUCAAUGGGAGGAAGAGUCACGCUUAUAAACUCGGUCUUGAAUUCUAUUCCUAUUUUUACUCUAUCUUUCUUCAAGAUUCCCGGAAAGAUUGCUAAAGAAAUAAGGAAAAUCCAAAGCGAGUUUUUAUGGAGCGGUAGGCUUGAAAGAAGGUGUAUUCAUUGGGUUAAUUGGGGGGUGGUGUGCAAGUCUAAGGCGAAGGGAGGUUUGGGGGUCCGAGAUGUCAAAGAAAUGAAUAACGCACUUCUCUUGAAAUGGAAAUGGAGAAUCCUUAAUGACAACGAAGCCAUUUGGAAUAGUUUUAUCAAGGAGAGGUAUUGUUGUCCUAAAAUUAGGAUUCAAGAUACCGGAGGCGUUUUGCAUAGAAGCGACGAUUCUAUAUGGUGGAGAGAUUUGUGCAAGAUCAAGGUGUUGGAUGAAAUCAUCGACAAUGGUUUUUCCGGUUGUUUCACAUGCUUAUGCAAGGAUGGCAAGGAUAUUCUCUUUUGGCACAAUAGAUGGUUGGGUGAUUUUUCUCUUUGUUUGGAAUUUCCGGAUUUGUACGAUUUAUCUAUCAAGAAGCUUUGUACGGUGGAGGAGGUUAUGGAGUGGAACGGCGGUGUUUUAAGGUGGGAUUUAGACGGUCUGUUUUCGACCGGGGCUGCCCACGGUAUCUCUGCCUCUGCCGCGGCAGCAGCUGGCAGUAGCUGGGCCAGAUUUCGCGACGGCUUCCUUGAGUUCGUUCCUAGCGUGCAAGACAGCGAUACCUUCUCGUGGUCGUUUGAUGAUAACAACGUCUUCACCGUUGCGAGCAUUUCUUCUAUGAUUGAUAGCGCUAAAUCCUUUGCUUGGGAUAAUCAAGUGACCAACUCGUUGAAAGUUUUGUGGGAUCUUAAACUUCCGCCUAAGAUCAAAGUUUUUGGUUGGAGAUUUUUCAUUGAUCGGCUUCCAACUAGAGAUCAAUUGUUGAAAAGAGGUAUUGCUCUUGCCUCGGGUCCGAAUUGUGUGUUGUGUGACUCCUCUUUUGAAUCCUCAUCCCACCUUUUCUUCAAUUGUCAUAUGGUGAAAGGGGUUUGGAACCACGUUUUCAUUUGGCUUGGUAUAGCGGAGGAGAUCAAUUUGGAAGAUUUGUUUUGUUUCGAAGCUAUUCAAGAGAAGGUGAAGUGUAGCAACCGUAGAAUCAUUAUCAAUUUCGUUUGGGUAGCUACUAUUUGGAGUCUUUGGCUUAUGAGGAACGCCAUGAUUUUUAGGGGCGAGGUGUUUAGUUUUGAGGUGGUGUGUACUAACAUUGUCUUUCUUUCUUGGAGAUGGUUGGAUUGUGGAUAUACUAAGUUUAAAUCAAACUAUUAUGAAUGGUUUAAACUUCCUUUAUCCGACAACUGCAUACCAUAGUGCCUUGUUUUUUUGUAAGGGUUGCACCCCUAGUGCGAUUUUUCAAUCAAUUGCUUAUUAAAAAAAAAACCGUAAUGUAUCUUACGUGCUGCUUAAAAUCAACUUUGGGAUAAUUAGGUAAUCAGGUUAUUUGAUCAGUUUCCAAAGUGGGGAAAGCAUUGAAGAAAAAUGUGACGGAAAUGAAGAUGAAUGCAAGCAUAACAGAAAGAAAAUUAAAAUGUUGCUAUGGGAAGUCAUGUUGAAUAGCAGUAGUUCACUUGUCAAAGAUUGUUACUGCUAUUCAACACGACUUCCCUUAACAACCUUCUAAUUUUUCUUUCUGUUAUGGUUGCAUUCGUCUUCAUUUCCGUUACAUUUUUCUUCCCCUCUUUCUCCACUUUGGAGACUGAGGUAACACAAUUACCUAAUUAGCCCAAAGUUUAUAAGGAGCAUGCGAGAUACUUUAGAUUGAUGUAAAUAAUACUUUGUGGAGGUGGAAAAUGAACCUGUCACAAAGCCGAUUGUUAUUUGGUUUCACAGAGGGUCUGAUUGCUCAGUUGUGGAAGGAGCAUUUGGUCAACAUGGGCCUUUCAGGCCCACCAUGUGAGGUUUGGUCAAAAACCAUUACUGCUGGAAUAAAGGUAAUUUUACUUAAACAACUUGAUUUUUCUUCUUGUUGUAAAGCUUGAUUUUUCAGCUGAAGUACUGUUUUAUAUUUAUGGCAACUUUAAAUAUAGUAGCAAGUGAAGUGAU